CAUAGAGUGGGUUGGCCAAUAGUAUUUGUGCGUGCUCGUGACCAUCAUCCAAUCACUGUGCUUAUGUGGCUCUGACUGGGUGGAGACUAAGGUCUAGAAUAUAUAAGAAGCCAUGUCUCUGCAACAACAAACAUAUUCUGAAGAAACAGCAGAGAGAACUCAGAGAGAAUGGCAAGAACUAAGCAGACAGCCCGCAAAUCCACUGGUGGCAAAGCCCCAAGGAAGCAGCUCGCCACCAAGGCUGCCCGCAAGAGUGCCCCGGCUACCGGUGGCGUGAAGAAGCCUCACCGUUACAGGCCUGGUACUGUGGCUCUGAGAGAGAUCCGUCGUUACCAGAAGUCCACCGAGCUGCUGAUCCGCAAGCUGCCCUUCCAGCGUCUGGUCAGAGAAAUCGCUCAGGACUUCAAGACCGACCUGCGCUUCCAGAGCUCUGCUGUCAUGGCUCUUCAGGAAGCCAGCGAGGCUUACCUGGUCGGUCUGUUCGAGGACACUAACCUGUGCGCCAUCCACGCCAAGAGGGUCACCAUCAUGCCCAAGGACAUCCAGCUGGCUCGUCGUAUCCGUGGGGAGCGUGCUUAAAUUUAGUCUGACGGCUACACCAAAGGCUCUUUUAAGAGCCACCUAAUUCGCAUUUGAAAGCAUUUUUCAAUCUACCAAAGCGGCAGUAAAACUCAGGAUAAACAAUUAUGAGAUUUUUAGAGUGUCCAGGUGGGUGGCUGAUAGCAUGCUAGCUACAUCACCAAUUUAGAUGAAACUCAGCCAGUUUGAAGGGUCCACCUUAAAAAAGUAAAUGAUAUAUUGCACCCAGGACGUUAAAUCUAGCUUGGAUUUGUUCAGGAGACAUGAUACAUCUCCAUUUGUCUACCAUAAAUGACCUAAACAUUAUUUUUCAACCAAUCGUAGAAAUCACUGGCUGGAUCACACUAUUUAGGCGGUUACAGCGACAGAAAUAUUAAAAGGCCUAGCAUUUUUCUUUUGAUAUACAAGUCCACAGAUGGCCCUUUCAUGUGCAGAGAUAUUCAGCUCUAAAUAUUGCUAUUUUUGGGGUAUUCGCUAAAGGGCAUGUGACAAGUCGACACGUGCAGUCCUGGACUGACACCUGUUACACCUUACGCCUUGUAACUCCAGUUUUAAACUAACCUUGGAUACACCAUUGAUAAGCGUGGAUUGUUACUUUGCUGUGUAUAAAUCCGACAGCAGGAGGGAUGUCAACAUUUGAUGCAAUCGGGGGCCUUUGAGUUUUUUUCGCCAGAAACGAUUGUUUAAAAUGUUUUGGCUUGAGUUUUAGGACCCUUCAAACUGGCCAACUUUAAUCAAAAUCGGUUGGCAUUUCACAUUAUGGUUUCACACUGACUCCACAAAUAGCGCUCUGAUGAAACAUGUCUUUCCCAUAAACAGAACCGAUAUUAAACCAGUGUAAAAUAGUUGAGUGAGACUUGCUAUAAAUCACUCACUACUGAUAUUAGAUCAUUCCUAUGAAUAAUUCAUUUGUAGUGCAUUUCUAUAAACUCACCAGCAUA